CUGAUCUCUCUCUAUGAAUCUGUGUUGAUUGAUGAGCUGAAAAGGCUAAUGUGAAAUGUAACCUUUGACUUCUAGUAUUUGUGUUUUAUUUUGUUGGAUCUUUUAGUUGAAAGCUUGGUUUUGUGAUUUUCGUAUUAUGAAUGAUUACCCCUGGUUUAAUUUGAUGUCUAGAUAUGUGACUCUAUGCUGAAUUGUAGUUGCUGUGAUUAUUUUCUACUUAUUUGUGCUGUAAUUCUGUGCCUCUGUGCUGUUAUGAUAUCAUCUCUCCCUAAACGAGAACAUUUCUAUGUGAAUUUAUUUCUCAUUUGGUGAAAUCCAAGAGUAUCUAUUGAUAUUAUACACACACACACACACACACACAUAUAUAUAUGAAUAUAUAGACACAAAAAAUUAGCACAGGCUGACGAUUGUUGCUGGUAAUUCAAAAUCAUAUUCCGGGUAUCGAUGAUUUUUUUGUUUUCUAAGGAUUGGUGUUGUUUAGAUUCAAGUUUAAUUUAUAGUAACCGAAGCUGUUCAAAUCAGAUUGAAUCCAUAUCCAUAAUAGUUACAUCUUCGGAUGGUUUCUGUAUAUAAAGGAAUAUAACCACCAAUUGUAAGUUUGACUUUAGUUUUGCAACAAGGAUUUCUUCUUUCCGUUCUCUCAUUUUUCUGGUCUCUAAAUAAGUAUAAGGGUCAUUAAUGGUUUAAACGAAACUGUGAUACAUGCUUGCCUUUGAAAGAAUUUUUUUUCCUAUUCAUCUUCAAUGUUAUGGACUUAUUUAGUUUGUUUAUGGUAAGCUGAUAUUCAUUUAAAUAAAUGGACCUUAUUUCCUCGUUGGGCCUCAUGUAGACUCUUAUGAUUGAGAGAGAAUGUCGGGAGGGGGCACACAAAAUAGCUUGAGAAAAGCACUUGGAUCCAUUAAGGAUACCACCACUGUCAGUUUGGCUAAAAUAAAUAGUGACUACAAGGAAUUGGACAUUGCUAUUGUUAAGGCGACAAAUCAUGUUGAGCGUCUGGCAAAAGAGAAGUACAUAAGAGCUAUUUUUGCAGCUGUGUCUGCUACAAGACCUCGAGCUGAUGUUGCUUACUGCAUACAUGCUCUUGCAAGACGAUUGGCAAAGACACAUAAUUGGGCAGUUGCCUUGAAAACUUUGAUUGUUAUUCAUCGUGCUUUGAGGGAAGUGGACCCAACAUUCCAAGAAGAACUUAUCAACUAUGGCAGGAGCAGAAGCCAUAUCCUCAACUUGGCUCACUUCAAGGAUGAUUCCAGUCCAAAUGCAUGGGAUUACUCUGCAUGGGUGCGCACUUAUGCGUUAUUUUUGGAGGAGAGGCUGGAAUGUUUUCGUGUGCUGAAAUAUGAUGUUGAGGCAGAUCGCCCUAGAACCAAAGAUCUGGACACUCCUGAGUUGCUUGAGCAGCUACCUUCUUUGCAAGACCUCCUAUUUCGCGUUCUUGGCUGCCUGCCACAAGGAGCAGCAGUUCAUAAUUUUGUGAUUCAAUUAGCACUUUCAAUGGUUGCUUUGGAAAGCAUUAAAAUUUACAAUGCUAUAAGUGAUGGUGCAGUUAAUUUAGUUGACAAGUUCUUUGAGAUGCAACGCAAUGAUGCUAUUAAGGCUCUGGAUAUAUACCGAAGGGCUGGACAGCAGGCUGAGAGACUAUCAGAGUUCUAUGAAAUAUGUAAAGGCCUCGAUGUGGGACGCGGGGAAAGGUUUAUCAAGAUUGAGCAGCCCCCUGCAUCAUUUCUACAAGCAAUGGAAGAGUAUGUGAGAGAGGCGCCUCGAGCUUCCACGGUUCGCAAGGAUUUGGCAAUUGAUGAUAAACCCAAAGUAAUCUUGGCCAUAGAGAACAAGAAAAACCCAGAGGUACAGGAGGCACGCCCCCCAUCCCCACCACCUAAACCAGAACCAGGUCCAGAACCAGUUAAAGUGGAAGCUCCUGUAGCUGCGACACCUGACCUGUUGGGCCUUAAUGAUCCUAGUCCACAGGCUUCAGAGUUGGAUGAAAAGAAUGCAAUGGCUCUGGCUAUUGUACCAGUUGGCACGACUGACCAACCAACCUCUACUGGUGCAAUUCUGGAAAAUGGAACUACGGGCUGGGAAUUGGCACUUGUUUCUGCUCCUAGCUCCAAUGAGAGCGCGGCAACUGCUAGCAGACUGAAGAAGCAACCAGAGCGUGAGCUACAAUCCAUGGGAACAAGGUGCAAUGGUCGGUCCCAUGAUGCCACAAACAGCACACGACCCAUUUUACGCCUCAAGCACCAUCGUUGCACCACCUUCGGUGCAGAUGGCAGCCAUGGCCCACCAGCAGCAGGCUUUCAUGUUGCAGCAGCAGCAGCAGAUGAUGAUGAUGG